GAUAACACAAUCUAGGAAAAAACAGAGAGGAUUUCGACUUGGUCCUCCUUGUAAAGAAACACGAAACAGCUAUAAAUACUUGCAUAAUCUCAUUGAUCGCGCAGACAGAAAUAAUAGGAUUUACGAAAGAUUAACAUUGGCUCUACCUCGAUGUCAGAAGCCAACAGCAAGCCUCAUGCCUUGUGCAUUCCAUAUCCAGCACAAGGUCACAUAACUCCCAUGCUAAAACUAGCCAAACUUCUUCACCAAAAAGGCUUUCAUAUUUCAUUUGUCAACACAGACUUUAACCAUAAUCGUCUGAUCCGAUCAAGGGGUCCAAACGCCCUUGAUGGCUUGCCAGACUUCAGAUUUUACUCGAUCCCAGAUGGCCUACCUGCCUCUGAUCCUGAUGCAACUCAAGAUAUUCCUGCCUUGUGUAAGUACACUCGAAUCAACUGCUUAGCUCCAUUUAGAGACCUUGUCUCCAAACUCAACAACUCUUCUGUCUCGGGGGUACCCCCUGUGACAUGUAUCGUUUCUGAUGCGAUCAUGACCUUCACUAUGGAAGCUGCUGAUGAAUUUGGUCUUCCCGUGGUGCUCUUGUGGACGGCAAGCGCUUGCAGCCUCUUAGCUUAUAUGCAGUACCAUCAACUUGUGGAAAGAGGCUACACACCACUAAAAGAUAUGAGCGACGUAACAAAUGGCUAUCUAGAUACAAAAAUUGAUUGGGUUCCGGGAAUGAAAGGCAUGACACUGAAGUAUUUUCCAAGCUUUCUGAGAACUACUGACAUAAAUGAUAUCAUGCUAAACUUCUUUAUAAUUGAGACUGAAGCGGUUCCUAAAGCGCGUGCAAUCAUAAUAAACACAUAUGAGACUCUUGAAGAGGAUGCUUUGCACGCGAUUUCUGCCACUCAACCACAUAUUUACUGCAUAGGACCCCUGAACUUCAUGAUGAACCAUGUCCAGGACACUAGGCUUGCAUCCAUCGGCUCAAGUUUGUGGAAAGAAGAGACGAGCUGCAUUGACUGGCUCGACAACAGAGAGCCAAACUCAGUUAUUUAUGUGAAUUUUGGUAGUAUCACUCCAAUGUCUGCAACACAGCUCACUGAAUUUGCAUGGGGCUUAGCUAACAGCAACAAGCACUUCUUGUGGAUUGUCAGGCCUGAUAUUAUUGCUGGCGACGAGGCCAUGGUACCACCGGAGUUUCUGGCUGAAACGAGGGAACGAGGCAUGUUGGCAAGCUGGUGCUCUCAAGAACAAGUCCUGAAACACCCUGCCACUGCAGGGUUUCUGACACACAGCGGGUGGAACUCUUCUAUGGAGACCUUGUCAAGCGGCGUGCCUGUGAUUUGCUGGCCCUUCUUUUCGGAUCAACAGACCAAUUGUAAGUACAGUUGUGCAGAGUGGGGGAUUGGGCUGGAGAUUGAUAAUAAUGUCAAGAGAAAUGAAGUGGAGGAGCUGGUGAGAGAGCUGAUGGAUGGUGAGAAGGGAAAGCAAAUGAAGAAAAAUGCAUUGGAGUGGAGAAAGAAAGCUGAAGCAGCUGCUGCUUCUAGUGGUUCUUCUGCAAUGAGUUUGGACAGAUUGGUGACUGAGGUGCUACUUGCUAAGUAUUAAAGAAAUUGCUGCUGCAUGAUGAACUUUUUGAAUCUGUAAAACAUCUGUAUUAAUAAAGUUUCUUGUAUUAUUAA